CUUGCGGCGGGGCGGUCCCGGGGUCCCGGCGAUGCUGGUGGCGCGGGGGGCGGGCGGGGCGCUGCGGCGGGGUCGGUUGCCCGCGGCGGGGGCCGGCGCCGGCGCCGGGGCGGUGAAACCGCGGGUCUCCCCCCGCCCCGUUGGGCGCCCACCGCGCAUCGUGGACCUGCGGAGCGACACGGUGACCCGGCCCUGCGUGGGGAUGCGCCGCGCCAUGGCCCGGGCCCCCGUGGGCGACGACGACUACGGGGAGGACCCGACGGUCAACGAGCUGCAGCACCUGGCCGCAGGGAUCCUGGGCAUGGAGGCAGCUCUUUUUGUGCCCACGGCCACGAUGGCGAACCUCAUCGCUGUGAUGUGCCACUGCCAGCGCAGGGGGGCUCAGCUGCUCCUGGGCCGGGACGCCCACCUGCACGUCUACGAGCACGGCGGGGCUGCGCAGGUCGCUGGCGUCCACUCCCAGGUGCUGCCGGACCUGCCAGAUGGCACCUUUGACCUGGACCAGCUGGAGCUGACCAUCCGUGAGGCCCACGGCAGCCGGUACCAUCCACGCCCCGAGCUAAUCUGCCUGGAGAACACGCACAGCUCAGCAGGGGGCCGGGCACUGCCCCUCACCUACCUCCAGCAGGUCCGCGGGCUCGCUGACUGCUAUGGGCUGCAGGUGCACAUGGACGGAGCACGGCUGAUGAAUGCGGCGGUUGCCCAGGAUGUGGAGCCAGCUCAGAUAACCCAGCACUGCGACUCCGUGUCCCUGUGCUUCUCCAAGGGCCUGGGCGCCCCGGCUGGUGCGCUGCUGGCUGGACGCAGGGAGUUUGUUGCCGAGGCCUGGCGUGUGCGGAAGCUGCUGGGCGGGGGGAUGCGGCAGGCAGGUGUGCUGGCAGCUGCUGCCCGCCUCGGGCUGGAGCACGCAGAGGCAACACUGCGCAGAGACCAUGACAACGCCCGACGCUUUGCUGAAGGCGUCCAGGAGCUGAAGUCGCCCCUCUGCUCCAUCAACCUCUCGGCAGUGGAGACAAACAUCGUGAUGGUGAGCAUCAGGGGGGGCUGGCCAUCCCCUGCAGAGCUCUGUGAGCACCUGCGGGCAGUGAGUAAGGAGGAGUUGGCUGAGACCGGCCAGGCUGUCAGCGUCCUGCUGUUCCCCUGGUCGGCAAACACCGUGCGUGCGGUUUGGCACCGUGAUGUCUCAGCCCGCGACACCGAGCUUGCAAAGAACAAGCUGGAAUUUGUGGCCAGGAAGUGCCAGGAGAAGCUGGCCCUGGGACUCCACCCAACUCCUCCGAGUGCCGGGGGAGCCUGAGCAUCGUCCCAGCCCAGGGACAGCUGCCUCCCCCUUGGUGCUGCAGGCAAGCUGGCGGGCUGGGGCAGCUCUCCCAGCCCUGUCCUGGCAGCCAGCAGCAAAGGGGCUGGGACUAGCCACAGUGUGCUCCAGGCAUGUUCCCAACCAGCUGCACCACAACAUCCACCCCCGCAUGAAGCCCUGAACUUGCAGCUCCAAACUAACGUGAGCCCAGCCCUGGGGAGACCCCAGCCCACCCCCCCCCCCAGUGAGAGCACUGCACCUCCCAGAACAGAACGCCUUUGCAGACAUGCCUGGAGGGACAGAGGGAGCCCAUACCUCACACCCCCACCCAGACCACUCCGAGGCAGCAUCCCCCAUGUUGCUAGUCACCCAGCAAACAUCCUCAGAGAACCCUCUAGUCCUCUACAGAAACUGUUUCUGUAACUUGGGUCCUGCAGACAGCACCCAAAAGCAGAGCCAGACACCCCCUAGCCCCAAACUGCACCUGGCCCAUGUGCACCACACGUGCAAGGAUACUGCAGCAGGGAGACAGAUCCCAAUGGAUGGUCAGGGCACAAAAUAAAUGUAUUCUGGCA